AUAUUGCUUCAGAACCAAUUAUGCAACAAGAUUUUAAUGAUGUCCAUAGCUUGAAUAAACUGGUCAAGCUUAAUAAACCAAAAAUAAUACAAACUUAUAUUCCACCCAAAACUUCUGAUAAAAGACAAGGGUGUAUUGAUUUGGAUGAAAAAGUGGCUGAU